AUGGCAAGGUGGUUUUCCAAAUCCCAGGAGCCCGCCGUCGACCCCUCGACCCUCGACCCGGAGGUGCCUGAGCGGAAGCCGCCGAGAUGGAGCUUGGGUAUCAUGCAGGACAGGGAGACGGAUGAGGUGCCUGGCUCCGUUCUCCUUCUCUCCAAAGUCGCCAAAAGGAACGAACCUCUCGGCCUGCGCAAUGCUCCAGCACGGACGUCCGCCUCGUCCCUCCCUUCGCCUUACCCGUCCUCGAUCCGCAGCGCAUCCACGAGCCACGACAAGAAGCGCACCGACGGCGGCAUCAUCCUCGAGCCGCAGCCGGAAGAGUCGCAGAAUGACCCGCUCAACUGGUCGUCUUUCCGCCGUGAUGCUGCGCUGAUAUCGCUAGGCUUCUACUGUAUGAUUGGUGGUGGUAUGACACCUGUCCUGGCGGCCGGCUUCAACAACGUUGCGGAAACGUACAACGUCGAGGUUACCAAGGUCGCCCUCACCACCGGCUUGUAUAUGAUGGGUAUCGGCGUGGGCUGCGUUAUCGCCUCGCCAACGGCCAUUUUGUAUGGCAAGAGGCCUGUGUAUCUCACUGCCUGCGUCAUCUUCAUCUUGACCGCCGUUUGGUGUGCGCUUUCGCCCAACUAUCCAUCUCUCCUGAUUGCAAGAAUUGUACAAGGUAUCGCCAUUUCGCCAGUAGAAUGUCUUCCUUCUGCUACGAUUGCCGAGAUCUUCUUCCUGCAUGAGCGUGCGUACCGUUUGGGCGUGUACACCCUUCUUUUGUUGGGAGGAAAAAACUUGGUUCCCUUGGUUAGUGCGGCCAUCAUCGAGUCACUGGACUGGAGAUGGGUGUUUUGGGUCGUGGCUAUUGUUGCAGGCUUUGGCGGUAUUCUUCUCUUCUUUUUCGUCCCGGAGACUUUCUGGUCCAGGACUCCGCGUCCCAGGCACAAGUCUCACAAAUCCUCCUCGGCAGGCCACAGCCGUAUACAUCUGCCGCACUUCUUGGGCAAGUCGAGAGAGGGCUCUCGGGUGCAGCUGGAUGGUGCGGCCUCCAAGUCGAGCCUCCCGAUCACCAUGCCUUCGGCGCCUGGGUCACUUGCGCAGCGCCGUCGCAGUAGCGCUCACGCUCAUUUUGCAGUGGACGAUCCUGAAAAAGAUGCCGAAAAGGGUGCUGAGGAAUACGCCGAUGACUCCGAGAAGGAUGUCGAGAAAACCCUCGAGAAGCAAGCGGAAGACUCCGCUAAUGGUGAAACCGACGCCCCUGAAAUCCAAGUCAUUCCUGCUCCUAAUGCUUCUGCAAUGUCUUCGCCUAAAAGCAAGGCUGCUCACGACGAUGCAUGGAAGGUCGAACCUAAGGGCGGUGCCCCCAAGACGCCAUUCCUGCACAACAUCAACUCGCCGUACUACGCGUCGAAGAUGGAGGAACAGGAGCAAGACUACUUUAGCGUCUCUCCCUCGAAUCAGGAUGAAGAACACCAUGCAGACCAUUCUAUCGACCAAGCGGCGCACGAGGGCCACGACCCGCAUUUCAUCCCUCACAUCCGCUCCGCUCUGAAGUCACCGCGCUCCGGCACCCAGUCUCCUAACCACGUCUCUAGACACGUCGUCCUGUCGCCCCCUCUGUCUGCGAAAGCGUCCUCCUCGCACCUCGAUAUCGACGCUAGCAACCCGGGCGCCAUCUGCAACUACACGGAGCACUUUCGCGAGGCGCCCAAGAAGACGUACUCGCAAACGCUGAAGUUCUACUCAGGUCGUCUCUCACACGACAAGUGGUUCCGCGUCGCGCUGCGGCCGUUCAUCUUGUUCGCGUAUCCGGCCGUGCUGUGGAGCACAGUGGUGUACUCGCUCUCGAUCGGCUGGCUCAUUGUGCUCAGCGAGUCCGUGUCGGCGAUUUACCGCAACCGCGAGACCUACAACUUCACGGCGCUGCAGUGUGGCCUGGUGUACAUCAGCCCGUUUGUGGGCGGUGUGCUGGGCACGGCUGUCGCGGGCAAGUGCUCGGAUAUCGUGGUCAGGUACAUGUCACGCCGCAACGACGGCGUGUACGAGCCCGAGUUUAGGCUUGUGAUGGCGGUGCCCGUCGCGCUUUGCACGGCUAUUGGCCUCAUGGGCUUUGGCUGGAGCGCGGAGGAGCGCGAUGCUUGGAUUGUGCCGACGAUUUUCUUUGGCGUGGUCAGCUUUGGUUGCUCGUUAGGCAGUACGACGUCGAUUACAUUCUGCGUAGACUCGUACCGCCAGUAUGCGGGCGAGGCGCUUGUCACGCUGAACUUCUCCAAGAACGUCUUCCACGGCCUCGUCUUCUCCCUCUUCUUCACCGAGUGGCUCGAAUCCGACGGCGCAAAGACGGUUUUCGUCAUCAUUGGCUGCAUCCAGAUUUUCUUCCUGCUGUUCUCGAUCCCGAUGUACAUUUACGGGAAGCGCGCGCGCAUGUGGACGGUGCGCAAGAACCUGAUGGAGAAGUUCUAG